AUGAGUAAGUUUGAAACCUAUCACUGGCCAGGCUCACCUAGCGCUCACGGCACUGACGGACCCAUUCAUAUCUCAGAGGGCCCAUUUGGUCCUACAAAACUACAGGGCCAGUUUAUCAAGGCCCCUGCCAGGGUCGGCUUUCCUGAGUCAGUCGAUCUUCAGAACUUAGACUCCAACCAAGCUGUGCAACGAACCCUCCGCUUCGUCAGCUCGGACGGUAUCCGGCAGGAUGCUGCGCACGCCUACCUACAGCCCAGGUUCCAGAACGGCAACGAUCGUAAUCUCUUCGUACUUGUCGAGCACGAAGUAGUGCGUGUGAUGGUUGAAGAUACUCGGGUGGCUGGUAUCGAGGUGCGCAGCAACCCUGUCUUUCAGAAUAGCACUCAAGACCACAAGAUCAAGGCCAGCAAGAUGGUUGUGGUAUCUGCCGGCACCCUCGGUACUUCGAUGUUACUUGAGCAGUCGGGAGUGGGCGACCGGAAUGUGCUCUCCCUUGCCGGAGUUAAUGUCGUUGUCGAAUUACCCGGUGUUGGCAUGGGUCUCCAGGAUCACAACACAAUGCUGGUGUCGUACUACAGUAGCCUGGGCUCGGAUGAGACGUACGAUGACAUUCUGGACGGUAAAACUAUGUAUCAGAAGCUAUUGGAGCAGAAGUCACAUUUAUCGCUCCAAUACCGCAAUCUGAUUCAGGCCCUGGAUGGUGAGAUCGACAUGAGAACGGGCAUCCUGACUGACUCGGCCGGCUUUGAUCUCGCCAUGGCUAUGUGGUUGUACAAGAAACAGCUUGAGAUCGUCCGACGAUUAAAUGUCUAUCGUGGCGAGGUUUCUGCUUUACAUCGUCCAUUCGAUGUCUCAUCGGACGCUGUGUGCACGAAGCGGAGCGAGCCGCUACCGCCGGACGUCAAGGAUAUGGUAUACUCAGCUGCAGAUGACGCAGUGCUCAAGGAAUGGGUCUUCGAGAGAUUGUCUCAGAACUGGCACGCUAUUGGAACUUGCAAAAUGGCACCGUCGGGUAAAGAGGGAGUCGUGGAUGAGGAUCUAAGUGUCUACGGAGUUGAUGGUCUUAAGAUUGCUGAUUUGAGCGUUGUUCCCGUAAACCUAAAAGCGAACCUAGCUAGCAUGGCGUUCGCAAUAGGGGAGAAAACAGCUGAUAUCUUUGCUCUAGACCUUCAGAGGCUUUAG